GCGCUCUGAUGCACCAAUGGAGAACUAACGGACAUGCAUUAUUAGCGCAGACGGACUGUUGACAAACCAAACCAUCGGUGGAAAGUGUGGAAUUUUGGCUUUUUUCAUUUUUACAACAUUUCUUUGACACACUUUGACAGUGUGUUCAGGCUCUCUGAACACCCUUUUUUCAAGUUUUAUCAAAGUGAACACAGGUGCUACAUUAACAGAUCACAAUGAUGACCAAACCCUACGGAAAACCAGGAGAUGUGACUGAGCUAGUCAGCUCCCUUGGAUGGAUGGACGAAGACCUAAGUUCACAAGAUGGUGACCGUACCCCUGAAAUAGGCCACUAUUCACUACACAGGAGCAACCGUGGACCCUUAGAAAUCGGUAGUGAGGAUAUGGAUGAAGAAGAGGAGGAGGAGGAGGAAGAUGAAGAAAUGGGUCUUGAUGGAGAGAAAGCACCCAAGAGAAGAGGCCCUAAAAAGAAGAAAAUGACCAAAGCAAGACAAGAACGUUUCCGUGCCCGCCGAAUCAAAGCCAAUGCCAGGGAACGCUCACGCAUGCAUGGCUUAAAUGACGCAUUGGACAACUUGCGGCGCGUCAUGCCUUGCUACUCAAAGACCCAGAAGCUCUCCAAAAUUGAGACCCUGCGGCUGGCCCGCAACUACAUCUGGGCACUUUCAGAAGUUCUGGAGAGCGGUCAGUCACCCGAGAGCCACGGUUUUGUGGAGAUGCUAUGCAAAGGGCUUUCACAACCUACCAGCAACCUUGUGGCCGGCUGCCUCCAACUUGGGCCCACGACCAUGCUCAAGCUGGACGAAAAGUGUGGGGUCCCAGGAGCAGGUGUUCCACAGGGUCACCCCAUCAGCUAUCCCUCACCAGGACUGCCCAGUCCACCCUACGGCACAAUGGAGGCCUCACACUUGCUUCAUCUAAAGGGCUACAAGGGGCCUAACUAUGAGAACUCCUCACCCAAUGAAUGUAGUAGUGGCACUCCACCAUACGACGGGCCUCUAACUCCACCACUCAGCAUCAGCGGCAACUUCGCUCUCAAGCAGGAGCCAUCACCUCGUGAAGGAGAGAGGAACUUUACACCUCAUCCGGCCCACUACAUCUCCUCACACCCAUUCCCGCCGUCCUCCUUAGCCGGUCUUCCAGCUCCUCAGGGUCACCCACUGUUCCCUGGCUCUCGAUACGAGCUUCCUUUAGACAUGGCUUUCGAGCCGUUUGCCCCGUCGCACAUUGUGACAUCACAGAUGAACAGCAUUUACAGCGAAUAAACAAAUAUGAGCACCAGAGACGCUCCUGCUCCUCAGUGUGCCUCCAGGGGCAUUUAAGGAGACACUUUGCAUGUAUCCUGUCUGAUCCCUUAACACUCACUGAGCGAGAGUAUCUGAAACUCAACCUACCUGUGGCAAUUGAACUACUAAGAAAGAGAAGCAUAUUUUUGUUAAUUUAUUCUUGUUUUUUUAAUUAUUUUUGUUGUCACGACUGAGUUUGUUACCAUUUUAAAUGUUAUUUUUAAUUGUUCUGGGAUUUGUGUUCUGUAUACGCUUGAUGUCCUCCUCCUCAGAUUUGUAUGAUUUGUGUGAUGCACACCAUAAAAGUGAAGCAAACUGAAGACUCUCAGAGAUGCUGAUGAUAAAAAAAAUGAAGGAAAAGGACAACACAUUUAUUACACUACAUUUGCCAUAACAAAUGGAUUUAUUUAUGACUGUAUUUAUUAUUUAUUUUGUUAAGAUGUUUUGAAACGAUUUGUUAGCACUGUUUUUUAAUUUGUUUUCUCGGUACGCUGCCAGUCACUGCUACCGUCUCUCAUAAAGUAUCUAAUUUAUUUAUUGGAAUUCUUUCAGUUUAAUGUAUUAUUUUUGUCAU